AUGGACCGAAAAGGCUUGCGCGGUGGGGCAGAGGACAUCGAGAGCGCGGGCGAGAUGGUCGGGCGCGUGCACUCGAUCGAUAGUUUCACCGCGGUGGACGGACACGGAAUCCGCUUGAUUGCUUUUCUCCAAGGAUGCCGCAAGCGGUGCGCGUUUUGCUGCAACGUCGACAGCACGAACGCGAGCGCGUCGAAGGGGAUGGUGAUGACGGUGGAUGGUGUUCUGAGUAAGCUCGCGCGGAAUAGGAAGUACUACGCGGCGUCCGGGGGUGGUUUGACCCUGAGCGGGGGCGAGUGUUUGUUACAACCGGAUUUCGUGAAAGCACUCGCGACGGGCUCAAAGGCUCUCGGUUUGACGACAGCGAUCGACACCGCGGCGGAGGGAAACGAAACUGUCUGGAACGAGAUUUUACCGCACGUCGACAUCGUCCUUCUUUGCGUCAAGUCGACGAAUCGGGCAAAGUAUCAUCGCAUCACCGGGACGGAUGCCGAUGAAUACGAUACAAUGCGAAACUUUUUGCGCGAGCUCGAUCGAAGGAAGAUCGACACAUGGUUACGAUUCGUGCUCAUGACGGAUGACGAUGAGCGAUUCCAGAAAUAUCGAACGAACGAUGCGGAUGAGUUGCGCGACCUCGCGGCGCUCGCGAAAUCGCAUGACGGGUGUGUGCGCGGCGUCGAGUUGCUGCCUUAUCAUCGCUUCGGCGUGUAUAAAUUCGCAGAGCUCGGACUCGAAUACAAAUUGGACGGCAUGAAGACGCCGACAAUAGAUGAGAUUCAGCGCGCGGUCGAUUUCCUUCGAGCUGAGGGCGUGACUGUGGUUUACUGA